ACAAAGUUUUCAUUGAAAGUCCGCCCAUUAGGCUCCCGGUGGAGUCAAUAUGUUCGUGACACGGGUGAACAAGGGGGGCGACGGGUUUACAUCGCAGCUCGUUUGCACAUGUUAACAGCAACAUCCGGAGGCCCUGACUGGGGAAACAGUUAGUUUAUGAGAUGACUCGCAAGCAAAACAAGCGCCACUGUGUUGUGGCGCUGUACUGUGCUCGUUCACCAUGCAGUGGAAGGAGGGCUGUCAUGUCGUCCUCCAGUGCUGAUGGGGUGUUGCCUCCAAGUGGCCAUAUUUAAAAAAGCAGCGUACUCCGGUGAUGAGGAGGGAGACACUUGUGACCAUGGCGGCCAGCGAGGUGGACGUUUUCGCUAAUGAAGACAAACGAACCUUGGAGCUUGGGGGCCACAUAGGCUUUGACAGUCUUCCAGAUCAGUUGGUCAGCAAAUCAGUCACACAGGGCUUCAGCUUCAACAUUCUCUGCAUAGGGGAGACAGGGAUUGGCAAAUCCACCUUAAUGAACACACUUUUCAAUACAAGGUUCGAAAAUGAAGAAGCCAGCCACUAUGAGAAAGACGUGCUUCUACGACCACAUACGUAUGACCUGCAGGAGAGCAACGUCAACCUCAAGCUGACCAUCGUGCACACUGUCGGCUUUGGGGACCAGAUCAACAAAGAAGAAAGCUAUAAACCCAUUGUAGAGUAUAUUGACAGUCAGUUUGAAACGUACCUUGAAGAGGAGCUAAAAAUAAAACGUUCCCUGUGCAAUUUCCAUGACACGAGGAUCCACAUCUGCCUAUAUUUCAUCGCUCCCAAUGGCCACUCUCUCAAGUCUCUGGAUCUCGUCACUAUGAAGAAGCUCGACAGCAAGGUGAACGUCAUCCCUGUCAUUGCAAAGGCAGACACUGUAUCCAAGAGUGAACUGGACAAGUUAAAGAUUAAGAUCAUGAGCGAGCUGGUCAGCAAUGGAGUGCAGAUAUACCAGUUUCCGACAGAGGAUGAGGCUGUGGCCGAGAUCAACUCUUCCAUGAAUACUCACCUGCCAUUUGCUGUGGUCGGCAGUGUGGAAGAUGUCAAAGUAGGCAAUAAAAUGGUCAAAGCAAGACUGUACCCUUGGGGAUCAGUACAGGUGGAGAAUGAAAACCAUUGUGAUUUUGUGAAGCUGAGGGAGAUGCUGCUGCGUGUGAACAUGGAGGAUCUUCGUGAGCAAACGCACACACGCCACUAUGAGCUUUACCGCCGCUGCAAGCUGGAAGAGAUGGGCUUCAAGGAUGCAGACCCCAACAGCAAAUCGUUCAGCUUGCAGGAGACAUAUGAAGCGAAGAGGAAGGAGUUCCUUAGAGAACUGCAACACCAGGAGGAAGGAAUGAGGCAGAUGUUUGUCAACAAAGUAAAGGAGACUGAAGCAGAGCUGAAAGAAAAGGAAAAAGAGCUCCAUGAGAGGUUCGAGCAGCUCAAACGGCUGCACCAGGAAGAAAAGAAGAACCUAGAGGAGAAACGACGGGAACUGGAGGAAGAGAUGAAUGCUUUCAAUAGGAGGAGGGUUGCCACAGAGACACUGAUGGGCCAGCCUCUUCAAGGUGCCACUCAUCCUCUCAAGAAGGACAAGGACAAAAAGAAUUGAUUUAUGGAACAAUCAUCCAGGGAAACCAUGAAUGUGUCUGCCGUCAGCAUGGGUAAAAGAGCCUGUGGUGCUGUAUGAGCCUGAAUAUGAAUGCACCCGCUGUAAUCCACUGUGUACUUACCGAUGAUAACGCUAGCUUUGCUCACUGUAUUGAUGCUGACUCUGUGAGACACAUAAAAACAAAUCAAUGGACUGUUUUCAAUACUUGUAGCUGAUGUUUUUUUAUGUCCUUGCCUUGAAUGUGUGUUCAAAUUUUCUGUCAAAAAAUAAUCAGAGUACUGAUCACAAUGAACUGAUUUUUGUAAAUUAAUAUCAGUAUAUUUCAUGUAUUCAUUUUAUUAUAUCAUUUUAUGGUCUCAUAAUUCAUGAGUUGAACAGUAUAUCAUAGUGUUCAUAAUAAAAUUAGGAUUUGUUUUAUAUUGUACAUUAAAUUAGACACUCCCUCCCUGGUCACACCAUUAGGUACACUUGUACAAUUGAAUGAGAUCUGAUACAAUAUCUAUAUGAAAGUGUCUGCCUUUACAUAGAUAUGAAAAGUCUACACACCCCUGUUUAAAUGCCAAGUUUUAAUGAUAUAAAAAAAUUGGACUAAUAUAAAUAAUUUCAAAGCUUUUUCCACCUUUAAUGUGACCUAUAAUCUGUGCAGCACAAUUGGUAAAAAAAAAAAGAGAUCAGGGAAGUCAAAUAAACAACUGAGAUAAUGUGGUUGCACAAGUGUGCACAUCCUCUUGUAAUGGGUGUGACUGUGUUGAGCAUUAACCAAUCACAUUCAAACUUUAAUAGGAGUCAGCACACACCUUUUUAAGUGACUAUGAGUAACCCCAAAUAAGUUUAAUCUGUUCUAAUAGACUUUUCUUCACAUGUUUUGCUUUCUAGCAGAAGCCUGAAGGUUUUGUGCUAACACUGAACUGUUCAUAAUUCCCUCCAGCUUGACUAACGCCACAGUUUCAACUGAAGAAAAACAGCUUCAAAGCAUGAUGCUGCCACUGGUGGUGGUAACACUGCAGGUAUGGUGUUGUGUUGGUGCCAAGCAGUCUUGUCUUUGCGCUAAACUUACCGUUUGGAAUUAUGGCUACAAAGUUCUACCUUGGUUUCAUUGGAUGAUGUCACAUUUUUCCAAAUGCGUUUGGGAGAUUUCAAGUGUGUUUUUCCGUAAUUUUUAAACCAAGGUUGAACUACAUUAUUUGGCCAUACUGUAAUUCCAAAAGAUAUGUUUGGCGGCGGCACGGUGCACGACUGGUUAGAGCGUCUGCCUCACAGUUCUGAGGACCGGGGUUCAAUCCCCGGCCUCGCCUGUGUGGAGUUUGCAUGUUCUCCCCGUGCCUGCGUGGGUUUUCUGCGGGCACUCCGGUUUCCUCCCACAUCCCAAAAACAUGCAUGGUAGGUUAAUUGAUGACUCUAAAUUGCCCGUAGGUGUGAAUGUGAGUGCGGAUGGUUGUUUGUUCGUAUGUGCCCUGCGAUUGGCUGGCAACCAGUUCAGGGUGUACCCCGCCUCUCGCCAGAAGAUAGCUGGGAUAGGCUCCAGCACACCCGCGACCUUAGUGAGGAGAAGCGGUGAAGAAAAUGGAUGGAUGGAUGGCUGGAUGGAUGUUUGGUGCAAACACAACACUGCUUACCACCAAAAGAACACAAUGCCUAGAAUGAAGCAAGGUUGUGGCAGCGUCAUGCUUGGGGGCUGUUUUUCUUCAGCUAGAACUGGGGCCUUAGUCUCGAAGUUUUCAAUUUCUUUUCAAUUGAAUUAUACAGGUUAAAGGUAACAAUAAUGGUGAAAUAAGUUUUGAAAUUAUUUCUCUUGGUCUCAUUUUUUAUGUCACCAAAACCUAGCAUUUGAACAGUGGUGUUUGGACUUUUUACUGUAGGUACAAAAAUACUGUCAGAAAUAAUCAUUUAUUAAUCAAACAAUAAAAAAGUUAAUCAAAAUGUUAGAAAUGGCUCUCAGUAUGGUGGAGUUCAGUUAUACACUACUGCAAACCGCAAAAAAAGCAAAUUGCUCUUACUGUCCUUCUCUGACAGUGUCAAUCAAAUGAAAUAUUUCAAAAGGCAGAAUUUAUGCAUUGGAUCUCAUUAGAAUGUGUAAGAGUUCCCAAUGCAGUCUCCAGUAAGUGUGUCUCUUACUGCAGCUAAUAUUAUUACAGAAUGUGACUCCAGCAUUUUAGGUUAUUACAGGUGUGCCUCUGAAGAAAAAAAAAAAAAGCUAAAGUACAUUUUUUGCUUCACUAACAACUAACAAAUAACUUGUACUGUGUAUAAUAUAUUGUUAAUGUUUUGUCUUUUCUUCUCAUAGCUUCUUUAGUCUUCCCUCUGCGUGCUCCUUAACAUCAUCCAGGAAUUUGAAUUAGUGGACUUUCUACUAACUACACCAGCAAGUGAUAGACGGACAAGCAAGUGUAUUAUUUUUCACACUUGAAUGAGCACUUUUAUGGAAAUGCACUUCAAACGCUGGGAAUUAAUUGCCAAGAGUCUUCUUUUCCCCCUUUGCUAUGUAGUAGCAUGGAUUGUGCAUGACAUAUAACCAUCUCCCCAAGAUUGAAACUUCCUUCAAUGGAAAAAGUCAUAGUUUUGAAUGUGCUCCUCCUUAAUUUACCAUGUACUUUUGACUGAUUACACUGUGAAAUAAUACAUAAUUCUAUACCAUAAAGUCACAUGGCAUUGUUGGUAAAGGUCAUACUACAUUUUUUUUUUCUUCAUUUAAAUUAUGUAUUAAUCAGAGACUAUAAUAGACUUUCAUUAGCAUAAUCAGCACCUUGUCGUACUAACAGUUAAUACUUAUAACUGGAAAUGUGUAUGUUUCACUGACAUGACCCAAUGUGAUUCAGUAAAACAGCUCUGCCAUCAAUUCUGCAAUGAAAUAUGACUAUUGAACUCCUGCUAUUUGGCCUAAUUUACAUACAUAAGAACAGAUAAACAUUAGGAAUAUGUUUCAACCAUGACCUGACAAUUUGGAAAUCCAUUUCUAGCCGUAAAAACAAUAAAUAAUUAUUUAUUUUUUUUACAUUUUUACUUGCCUGUUUCCACCAGUAAAAAAACAAAAAAACCCUCAUUAAUAGUGUAGCCCGUUUCUGCCAGUGAAGAAAAAAAAAUAUAUAUAUUAUUAUGGUUUUUGUUUUUUUAGUGGCGGAAGCCCGCUUCUGUCAUUAAACAUUGUUUUUCUUUUACUAGCAGAAUCUUGAGGCAUUAGUAAGUUUAGUAAGUACAAAUAUUAUUAAAUGUAAGCAAAAAAAAUAUAUUUUAUAAAAAGGCAGCGUGUAUUGAGCAGUUUUAUUGGGUUACAUCUAAUGACACGGCCAUUGAAUGUGUAUUUUACGGUGCUCGUGUAGCAUCAAAAUUGGUAAUAGUGUCAGAACGGUAAUUUGCACUUACACACAUGAUCUUUAAAUGUAUGAUCAAAUGUUUGAUCUAUGUUGGCCAAUUUAUGUAAUAAAUACUAACUUUAUUGAAAA